GUCAGUCAGUAAACUCGGCACCAUGCAGUGGACGUGGCUGAUGAGUGACCUGGUCUUGGUGGUGUACGGCAUAACGCUGAUCACGGGCCUUCCUGCCAACCUGCUGGCCCUCUACACCUUCGUCCGAAAAGUGAAACAGAACCCCAAACCCAUCGACGUGCUCCUGCUCAGCCUCACCAUCUCGGACCUGAUCUUCCUCUUCUUCCUGCCCUUCCGCAUGGAGGAGGCGGCCAACAUGAAAUGGACCAGAAGCUACUUCUUCUGCACUCUGACCAUCUUCGUCUUCUUCGCCGCCAUCUACAACAGCACCUUCCUCCUGACGGCCAUCAGCGUGGAGCGCUACCUCGGCGUCGCCUUCCCCGUCAAGUACAAGCUCAAGCAGCAUCCUCGCAACGCUGUCAUAGCCAGCGUGAUGUUUGGAUUGAUUUCCUUGGCCCACUGUAGCAUCAUCUUCAUCACACAGUAUUGGGAUCAACACAACAACACCCACCAGGGUCCGUCCACAAGGAACAUCUGCUACGAGGACUUCAGCCAUGAACAGCUCAACGUGCUUUUGCCGGUUCGCCUGGAGCUGUUCCUGGUGUUCUUCUGUGCCCCUUUCAUCAUCUGCUGCUUCUGCUACAUCAAAUUCAUCCUCAUCCUCUCUCGAAUGCCCACCAUCAACCCCAAGAAGCGCUUCAGAGCCAUCGGACUCGCCCUGGUAACCCUCGUGGUCUUCAUCAUCUGCUUCAUACCCUUCAGCAUCUCCCAUCUGGUGGGAUACAUCGGUUGGUACAAUCCCAGCUGGAGGGAGUACGCCCUGCUGACCAGUACCUUCAACGCCUGUCUCGACCCUUUCAUCUUCUACUUCUCCUCUUCGGCUCUUCGCCAGAUGUUCAAAACCUGCGCCCGGGGACUCGUCAAAAGGUUGUCCUUCUGUUCCAAAGCUCCAUGCUGCACCCAGCAGAACCGGGCCACUGCUGAGGAGCCUCCAAGCACCACUCUCAGCUUUCGCUAGGGCUGACUGCACCUUAACCAAACGCAUUUUUAAUGCCCUAGUACCGUAUGAAUGCCUCAAACUACAAGAUAAUCCGGGCGAUUUUCAAGCCAAUUUGAUCUUUCCGACACUCGCAAAAAUCAUAAAUGGUGAGAGAACCUCCAAACUGCUCUCGCAAUGUAACAGUUUGUGAGAAAUUUCCACUUGCUUUUUUUGGAUGUAACAGUUUGCAAAAUACUCCUAUUUACUCUCGAGAAAAUACCACUUACUCUCAUGAUGUAAUAGUUUGUGAAAAACUGUCAAUUGCUUUUGCAAUGUAACAGUUUGCAAGAAAAUCAACCUGGUCUUGCAAUUUAACAGUUUGCAAAAAAACUCUUACUUGCUCUCUUGAUGAAACAUUCUGAGAGAUGCUCCCACCAGCUCUUGCAAUGCAACAGUAAAAUUCCAGAAAUUUCCACUUGCUUUUCUUGGAUGUAACAGUUUGCGAAAUACUCUCAGUUUUUCUUGCAAUGUAACAGUUUACGAGAAGCUCCCAUUUACUCUCGAGAUGUAACAGGUUGUGGCAAAAUACCACUUACUCUCUUGAUGUAAUAAUUGGGUUAAUCGGGUUACAAGAUAUUAAUUUUCAGGCCAACUUGAUCUUCCCAACACUCGCAAAAAUCAUAAAUGAUCUGAGAACCUCCAAACUGCUCUCGAAAUCUAACAGUUUGUGCAAAACUCUCACCUGCACUUGUAACGUACUACUUUGCGAGAAGCUGCCACCUGCUCUCGCGAUGUAACGGUUUGUGAGAAAUUUCCACUUGCUUUUUUUGCAUAUAACAGAUUGCAAAAUACUCCUAUUUACUCUAGAGAAAAUACCACUUACUCUCAUGAUGUAACAGUUUGCGAAAAACUGUCAAUUGCUUUUGCAAUGUAGCACUUUGCAUGAAACUCCUACCUGCUCUCACAAUGUAACGGUUUGCGAGAAAAUCAACCUGGUCUUGCAAUUUAACAGUUUGCAAAAAAACUCUUACUUGCUCUCCUGAUGUAACAUUCUGCGAGAUGCUCCCACCAGCUCUCGCAAUGCAACAGUAAAAUUCCAGAAAUUUCCACUUCCAUUUCCACUGGUAUGUAACAGUUUGCGAAAUACUCUCAGUUUUUCUUGCAAUGUAACAGUUUGCGAGAAGCUCCCAUUUACUCUCAAGAUGUAACAGGUUGUGGCAAAAUACCACUUACUCUCUUGAUGUAAUAGUUUGCGAAAAACUGCCAAUUGCCCUCACAAUGUAACAGUUUGCAAAAAACUGUCAAUUGCUCUCACAAUGUAACAGUUUGCGAGAAAAUCAACCAGUUUGCGAGAAGCUGCCACCUGCUCUUGCGAUGUUACAGUUUGCGAGAAACUCCCAUUUACUCUCGAGAUGUAACAGAUUGUGACAAAUUACCACUUACUCUCUUGAUGUAAUAGUUUGCGAAAAACUCUUACUUGCUCUCUUGAUGUAACAUUCUGAGAGAUGCUACCACCUGCUCUCGCAAUGUAACAGUUUGCGAGAAACUCCUACUUACCCUGUUGAUGUAACAGUUUGUGAAAAAAUCCCACCUGCUCUCGCAAUGUAACAGUAUGUGAGAAACCCCCACCUGCUCUCACAAUGUAAAAGUUUUCGAGAAACUCCUACUUACCCUGUUGAUGUAACAGUUUGUGAAAAAAUCCAACCUGCUCUCGAAAUGUAACAGUAUGUGAGAAACCACCACCUGCUCUCACAAUGUAAAAGUUUGCGAGAUACUCCUACUUACCCUGUUGAUGUAACAGUUUGUGAAAAAAAUCCCACCUGCUCUCACAAUGUAAUAGUUUGCAAGAAACUCCCACUAACUCUCUUGCAAUUUUACUGUUUGCGAGAAACUCAAACCUGUUUUCGCAAGGUAACAGUUUGCGAGUAACUUACUUGCUCUCACAGUAACAAAAAACUCUCAAUUGCUCUCGCAAAAAGCUCGUAAAAAGGUUUUUAUGUGCAUUUUAAUCUUUGGUUAAAUUUUUUAAAAGAUCCUGUAGUGUGGGCCAGGCAUUAGCUUAGCAUUCAGUUUAUGGUACUGCUCUGCUGUUUUAAUGCAUUUUAUAUUACUGCUUGUGCAAACACUUACAAUAGAUAGGGUGUAAGGUGAAUAUAUUCAUACUUAUACUUGAAAAAUUUAUAUAUUUGUUAAUAUUGCAAAAAUAUAAAGGUAUGAAAUAUAUGCUAAUAUGUAGGUUCUUUGCAUUCUCAGCUGUUUUGCACAUAUUUAAAGCACAAUAUUUAAAAUAAACUGUCUUUUCCAGUUCCAAGAUAGCAAUAAACCAGACAUUUACCUAAACACACCUCAUUUCCAGUUAAAAAAAUAGGCUGCUGGCCUGGUAUAAAAUAGCAAUGAGCAUCACAACGCGCUUUGCACAGGGUGUAAUAUAUGUGAUAUAUUUUUAAUGAGGUAGCCUCAAUUUAUUUCUAUCAAAAAGUUUUUUUAUUGUUUUUUUAAAUAUCUAAAUAUGUAGUAUACCCUUUGUAUUUGCACAGUGAGGAGAGAGAGAGUGUGUGUGUGUGUGUAGAGUUUAACCCUUUCAGACCUGAAUUAAGUUCCAGUGAUAAAAGAAAAUGUUGUUUCUGUCUGUAAUGCACUCACAUAUAUUUAGUAAAUUAAUUACUAAAAUAAUAAAUUAAUAAAUUAAUUAAUGAUUUUUUAAACAUUGUUAUGUUUAUUCUAUAUAACUUUUACAUAACUAAUUUUAUUUCACAAAUCAUCGCUAUGCAAAAAAACUAAAUAUAUGGUAGGAAAAAAAUAUAUGUAUUUUCCAGAGCAGUGGGCGGGCUUAAUAUGCUGUUUGAUUGGCCGAUAAAUGUCUAUUUUGUGCAAAAAUACACAAGAAAGAAGAAAACACACAACGUAGAUUUCAAUGGAUGCAUGGUCUAAAAGGGUUAAUAAAAUUGUAGUUAUUUUAUCUUUGUCAAUUUUUUUUACAAUUUUAUCAUAAUCUUGAUUUUCUUGUUUUUCUGUAAUAUUUUGUAAAAUAAAAUGUAGCUGGAAUUUUACUUUUGAACACUGUUUGCACUGUAGGAAUAGCUGCAUUGUAUCAGUAUUGUUUUAAAUACAAUAUUUGUUUGAUACAUCAGAACUGCACAAAAAAAUACAGCAAAAUUUAUGUUAAAUCCUAUAUUUUUGUGUUAAUAUUAAUAUAACACAUUAUUAAGAACAUAUUAUUAAACAUUUUUUUGAUAUUGGGUUGGGUUUUUCAUAUAUUCUGACAUAUGUUUGGAGUUUUAUUGUUUUAUAAUUGUUUUAUUUUCUAAAAGACAGUAUAAUUGUAUAAUUGUAUUUUUUUACUUUUAAACAUUGUUUGCGCCGUAAGAAUUGUUGCAAAUGAACAGCCAUGUUUAACAUUAUUGUCAUAAAAAAUAAUAAAGAUCUUGUAUAAAAAUUGAAUAUGAAUGGGUUAAUGAAGAACUGCACUAAAAAUGUACAGCAAAAUUUGAGUUAAAUUCUAUAUUUUUCUGUCAAUAUCAAUAUCAAUAUCGAAUGUGUGUUUUAUGUCAAAGUAUAUAUGUGUGUAACAAUAUGUUUUACAAGACUAACAACCCUGAAUGAACACAUUAUCACACACACAGAGAAACAUUAAUCUUUAAUUAUAGUAAAAAAGUAGAUUUUAUACAUUUUAUACGUUUUUUGUUGAUGUGGGGUUAAUUUUUUCCUGUUAUACAUUUGCUG